AGCAUCUCAGCACCCUUCAAAGCCCGACAUCCGAGCAAUGUCUGAGGAGUGAAAGGCUCUCAAACGGCAGGGAGGAAUAUGGAUUCGCGGCCGCCGAGCUGGGACUAGAGAUGUAGUUGCGAGGAUGCCGGCCAGCUACAUCUCUCGUUUGCUCCUCUUCGCCUCGAUCUGCGCGGUUUGGGAGGCGCUGGCAAAAUCUCUCCCAGAUCAGGGAGCAUUUGAGGUGCAGAUAAAAGUCCAGGUGUUUGACAACAGCGACCUGUCGCCGUUGGCGGGCGCUCAGGUGGAAGUCCAUGGCAACCAAACCAUCUUGGCGUCCAGCAGGGCCGGCAGCGAUGGCGUCCUGAGAGUCAGCUUCCUGUACCGCACAGGAACAUGGGUCAUCAUUACAGCCUCCAAACAAGACUACGUCACCAACUCUGUGCCCUGGCACUCCAGCCGCAUCCCCUUGUAUGCAUCAGUCAGCCUGUACCUCCUCGUGCAGAGGCCAGGAACACUUAUUCUGUACGAUGACGUCCUGCAGGUGCUGUCUGGGUCCCCAGGAGCUCGUAACCAGCCGCUGGUGCAGCUCCAGAGGAAGUCCCUUCAGCUGCCGUCCAACUCCAACUACACGGCGCUGUCUGCUGCGCUGACCACGGCCAAGACUCAGUAUGAAAUGGGAGGUUUCCCGUUUCUCCUGGGCCAAGAGACCAACAGCUCAGGUGCAGAAACAGGGUGGACAGACUUGACGGCUUUGGCAGUGGUCAGCAUUCAGCUCUUUGACAAAGAUGGCAGUGCGAUCCAGGUCUCAGAUCCGAUCCACAUCUCUGUGCCGCUGCCAUCCGACACCCGCAACAGGAUGGCCACUAGUGUACCUGCCUGGCUGUAUCAGCCUAAGACGGGGCUGUGGAUUAGGAACGGGACGGGCUACAUCAAAAAGGACGGCCAACAGUUCGUCUGGAACGUUGUGGUUCCUCAGAUGGGAUACUGGUUAGCUGCCUUCCCUUCGUCUUCAGGAUUGGGUCUAUCUCAUCCAGGCUUGAGGGACAUCACCACCUACCACACCCUGUUCCUGCUCUCCAUCCUGGGCUCGUUGGCCCUGCUGGUUCUCAUCCUGCUCUGUGUGCUGCUCUACUACUGCAGGUGUGGGGAGCGUAGGCGAAGGCGGAAGUGUUUAAAACCUCGCCGCCAGCAAGGGAAACCCCACUCGUCCAAUCUAAAUGGCGCAAAGAGAGACCAGGGUACAUCCACUUCACGCCUAAAUCUGAUCUGUGGAGGCCAUGUUGAGUCUGGCACCUCUAACGACAAAUCUGAGCUGUCCCCAUCUAGAGACUAUCAGAGUUCGAAGGAGGACUUAACCAAGCAUGUUCCAGCCCACAUGCUGCGACACGCAAAGGGAAAAAAUGCAUCAGGUCCCCAACGGGGUGAAAGCUUCCCCAUGAAGGUUACUCGUGCCACAGAGACCAACAACCUGGACAACCCUUUGCUGCAUGAAGACUACAACCGGAGCUACAGUCCGAUGGAGGGCAAAGAGUCUGAAUAUCACCGACACCACAACGCUAACGACAAUCGGGGAUACUCGUCUGAUCCCCCGUCCCCGCCUCGCUUCCAAGGCUAUGUGCCAAACCAGUCUGACAAACCACCUGAUUAUUCAGCAGCAGCUGCAGACAGCCUUGCCAGACCCACCUCCCUCAACACCCAACCAGGACAGAUCAUCUUCUGCAGCUCCAUUGACCAGAUGAAGGAGAACAUGUACCGUAGCAUGGUGCCAACCCUGGUCAUCCCAGCCCACUAUAUGCGCCUGCCCUCUGAGUUUUCUGGUAAAGAUGGCAAAGACCAGAAGGAGCAAGACAAAGAUGGCGCACAGAUGGCAGGAGGCCAGCAGCAUCAUCACCACCACUCCCAGAAACAAGGCCAACAGCAGCAAGGUGGAUCCCAAGGUGACGACUCUGAGGAGCCGAGCUGGGCGUCCGACUCCUCUGGUGGACCUGUGACCAUCCCUGUGCUCUUCAACGACUCCACCAUGGCUCAGAUGAAUGGGGAACUGCAGGCUCUGACUGAGAAGAAGCUACUGGAACUCGGUGUUAAACAGCACCCGAGGGCAUGGUUUAUCUCCCUGGAUGGACGCGCUAACGCUCAUGUGCGCCACUCCUACAUAGAUGCUGGGAAUGACCUCAGUGGCGGUGGUGUGGGUGGAUUCUUAGGUGGUCCCAGCAGCGCUUCCCGAGACAUCAACCUUGAACCACCUCUGGAGGCCCAAGAACGCAAGUCAGCAAUCAACCGGAAGGGAAAAGAUGAUCGUUGGGGGACGGGAGGACGGAAGGGCCACGGUGUUAGCAGCAGCGGCGGGAAGAGUUACUCCAAGCUGGCCUACCCUGACCACAGCGAGCCCAGCAGCAGCGAGGGGCGCCCGGUCUCACCCGAGGAGAACUCCCUCACCCCUCUUCUUGAUGAAGGCCCAUCCUCUCGAGGAUCCACCAUCCCCAGAAGAGGACGCAGUCGUGUGAACAGCGCCCGCAGCAGCAACAGCGAGAACCGCCGCGACUCCAUGACCAGCCCUGAGGAUGAUCCUGAUGACAAAGAGGAGAACAAAAAGAGCCCCUGGCAGAAGAUUGAAGACAGGCCUCUCAUGGUCUUCCACCCCAGGAAGUGAGCUUUUCGAACUUACUGGACACUGGACCUUGUAACAAUCUUUUCAAAGCAAACGUGAAGAAGAAGAGUGUUGUUUCCACAGAGAUAGAUCACAAUAAGCACAACCAUGCUUCACUGGUCCAUUUUUAAGGUUGUUGUUUGACCUUUGUGUUCCCGACGAGGUGCGUUUGCACUUUCUUAUAAGUCUCGUAGUCUCACUGUCAGUUAAUCUUACUGGUUUCCACUGAGAUGAUCCAUAGUAUUCUGAAACCUAUCCAGUUUAUUGUGAAUACGUCACCUUUCACAUCACUGAGGCAUCGUCUGAGACAUUGCGUACACUGACUGUGGAAAUAGCCAUUUUAUAGAGCAGAAUAUAAGAGUAAAGCACUUACUAAUAAUUUGAUAAUAGAUUGAUUGAUACUUACCAAGUAUUUGGAAGUGGAUGACAUUUUGUAUGUUAUUGAUGGGUAUUUAGGCGAAUUAGAUUUCCUUCCCUGGACUAAUGCGACACAAAGGCUCAUGUGAAUGCCGGGCCUGUGUUUCCUUGACUACCACCCUGCCCUAAACUGUAACUAGGAUAAGUUUUCUUUAAAGGAUACCACUUCCCAAAGCUUGAAUAUGGAGGGAACCUAUCUGUCAGUUGUACUGAUUUUUUUUCUUGAGCCCCCUGUGAACGGAUAAUGCAAUCUACAUCCAUUAUAACGACUUGUAUUUUGCUCCUUCAGGGAUUUACUUGAUUUCCUUUUCAUCCUGUACCGUGUUCAUGUGUUGAAAUUACUUAUUCAGAUAGUAACUGAUUUGUUGAGCAUCAUCUUCAAGUGUUUCUGUCAUCUUUUCAGUCAUUGAUUUAUUGCAGUGAUCUACAAUUCUGCCCAAAUUUUGCAUUUUUGCCUUUUGCCUGUUGUAGAGUUUUUUCAGCUUGACAGAGACCUCUUUGCAGUUUCUGUUGUGUAAAUAGAUCCCCGAACAUUUGAAAGACCAUUUGGUAUAGAAAGUUUGCAUGCAUAUGAAUGUAUGAAGUAAACAGAAGGCACCAAAAGCCCCCCACAGUUCACCGGGCUAAUGCGUAGACAACCCCUAAUUGCCAAGAAACAUGGGUAAGUCUAAAGAGACACGGUUGAGCAAAAACAUCACUUUACUUGAAGACUUUCCUGUUUAAUAUCAUACUGAGAUCUACAGGGGUUGUUUGUAGACAGGGCCUGGAACACUUUUCUCCUGUAAGUGCCUUCUUUCACAUAGGAUCGAGUGAUAGGCAUGCAGGUCCCUUUUAAAAAUGCAGUUCCUCGUCACCUAAACACAGCUGUCGAGGUCCGCAGGCACCAAUAAGCACACUGCAUUGUGGUAACAUCAACACACGUCACUCUGGGGAGCAUGCUUGCCAAAUCUGACAACUUCGCGUGCGGCUGAUAUGUCCUUGAAUAUUUUAAUUUCAUAUAUCUGUCCUCUUUUUCACCAAACUUGUAAAUGGUAUGAUGAACUAUAUGAGAUUUUAUCUGUAUACGAUGUGCAUGUAACACGUAGAAUAGGGUGUUUUUAAUGAAACCUUUUUUUGAAAGGAUGUUUGGCACAAAAUGUGAUGCAUUGACGCAUUGAAUUGUGUUGCCAAAUGAACUUGGUUAUAUGAAGAUACACUGACUUUUUUCCCUUAAUCCAGUUCUAACAAAAUUCACUUCCGGUCGUAAAUGUUUACAACAAUAACAUACUGACCAACACGCUCCCGCUGUUACUAGCAUCACUGCCCACGACGCAUCAGCAACUGUGAACUUAAUUAUGUCAUCUAGCAGAUUUGUAAAAGCUCACCAGUUUAGAAAACUUGAAGAGGUUAAUGUUUGAUUUUAUUUUUUUGCAGAGGUUGAUUAUGAAGUGAAAAUCUUGAAGACUUGUAUAAAAGUCAUGCUGACUUGUUGGUCCUUUUCACCAUUUGCUCGCUGUUCAUGCGCCUGUGUCAGUAGCCUACAGUACAAACUGAAAAUGUGAUGUAUAGUUCAAAGUCUGAAGAGUAACCCCGCCAUGAAACAAUUUCCUGCUGAACUGUUGUGUCCACUGCUGUAAAUGUACGUUUUUUGGGACCAGAUAUUGAAUUAUUAUAAAAUGUGCAAUUGUGGCUUUCCUUGCUUGUUUUUGUUUUACAAGAGAAAAUCUGUUUUCUUGGUAGAUUUUGUGAAUGUGUGUUUUGGACAGAGAUUGUUCAGUCACAGCCUGAUUCACACACAAGAACUGAAUCCCUGAGAGAACACAUUAAACCUGGUAAACCGCUUUGUUGGAUCUUUUUGAUAGUACGUACAAUUCAUAUGAGGUUCAGGAGGAUUGAACUGUAGGCCUCCAUCCUGUGCAGUAAAUCAUUUGCUUCAUAAACCUGGUCAGAUGUUUGUAAACUGUAAAUUGAUUCUUUCUGUACAUGAGACGAAAUAGAAAUAAAUUUGUUCUCACGGUCA